GAAGCUAUGUAAUUUGUCUUUAACGAUAUUUUAGAUGAAAUUUUUAGAACUUUCUACUUGAAGAACUUGAUGUCAAUAAAAUAUAGGGGCGCCAGGGUCAAUUUGUGUAUUUCGCUAGAAGCAAUGAAUUUGAUAUAUCAAAUGACGUGGAAAUUUGGAUAUUCGGCUAGUACAGCUAUACUAAGUAUUUUUAGAAAUGAUUUUAAUCAUGCAUCUCAGUCAUGGCACUAUAAUAGUCUCACCAAGAACCUAGUUCCUUUCUUUUGAUUGGUUUCUUUCCAGCUCGUCUUUUCUGAUACCAACCCAUUACAAUUGAUGGUUCACCUCAGCCAACUAACUCUGCAUGCCUCUUUCCUUCUCUCCCAAACCACAUGGAAAGUUUAUUAAAUUGAUUGUUUAAUUACAUUUUUCUGAAGCUAAUUUUCUAAAGAAUGUCAUCAAUGUGACAUUAUCAUAUAGCUGCCUAAAUCUUCUCAACUACGAUAGCUACACUUGGAAGCGCUUUGCACCUUCCAAGAAUGCUGAGUAUAGGUUGCCAAUUGGACCCCACCACUCCAUAAUGUUCCAUCCUAACCUCUCCUCUCCCUCUCCUUUAGUUAAACACCCGUAUCUACCCUCCUCAAAUCCUCUUUUUAAUUGCCCCUCCAAUUUCCUCUCCUAAAUUAACUUCUCAGUUCACCAUCACCAUCACUCCAACCAUGGCCAAAGCUUCAAGGGCCUGCGCUCUCUUGCUCAGGUUCCUGGCUAUGGCAGCAACCAUCUCCGCUGCUGCCAUCAUGGCCACUAGCCAUGAGACUACCAACAUCUUCAGCAUCACCAUCAAGGCUGAGUUUUAUCAAAUCCCUUCUUUCACGUUUUUCGUUAUAGCCAACUCCAUCUCCGCUGCCUACAGCCUUAUUGCUCUCUUUUUACUGCCGGCAGGUCUAAUCUCAAGAUGGUUUGCUGUGAUUAUUGCAAUGCUGCUGACUGGUGCAAUGGCGUCGGCUGGAUCGAUAUCACAGGUGGGGAAGAAGGGAAACGUGCAUGCAGGAUGGCUUCCCAUCUGCGAUGAGGUCUCCAAGUAUUGCAACCAGAUCAUGGAAGCCCUCAUAAGUGGCUUCAUUGGACUUUUACUCCACACCAUAAUUGUUCUGCAUACCAUAACCACUGAGCUCAAUCCUCUGCUUCCCUAAACAAAUGGUGGUCAAGUGGACUUUACUAUUGUAUGCAUGUUUCUGUCUUUAAACAUCACUGUAUUCUUAUCAAAAGAGUGUAUUCUAAUUGCUUAAUUAGUUAUGGAUGCAACUUAAUAUUCAAUGAUGCUUACGCUUGCAUGUUUGGCAAUUUGGCAUGCUGUACUCCCGAGGUUUUUCUCUUCUGAGG